AUGUUCGCCAGGCCACUGUCCCGAUUCCUGGCUCCUAGACCACUUUACCAGAGUGUGUACUAUUCAACAGCCGAAGCUAUAGCAAGGCCAGAGAGUAUUGUGCCGCAACCCUCUCACUUCGUCCCCGCAUAUCAACCCUCGCCUGAGUUCGUCGUCGGGCAGCAAGACUCGUACUGGCAGAAGAUUCCAAGAUGGCAACAUGUUACCAAUGAGCAGUUCCUGAGCCACAAAUGGCAAAUGUCCAACACGGUGCAGUCAGAAAAGGCAUUGUGCGAGUUCCUCUCGACAGUUCUUCCCGAGACAAUCCCACCACAGAGUGACAUGGAACCACAUCUGCGCAUCACGGAUAUCAACACACCAAGUCACUUCAUCCAGCGUCUCAAAGAGGGAAUACAGAGGGCUCCGAUGGCAGUACGCCUUUCGCCGCAUAUCCUCAGCUCAAUCAACUGGCAGGACCCAAUCAAUGACCCUGUGCGCCGGCAGUUUAUUCCUUUGUCGUCGCCUCUUAAUGUAGACCAUCCUGCUGCGGAACUGGAUCCCAUGAAAGAAAACACAUAUUCGCCGGUUUCUGGGUUAAUUCAUCGAUAUCCUGAUAGGGCUUUGUUUUUCGCCACCUCCAUCUGCCCCGUGUACUGUCGCUUCUGCUUCCGAUCUUACACAGUUGGAGCGGAGACAGAGUCAGUCAAGAAGCAGCGCUUUUUGCCCAUCAUGAAGAAGUGGGAACCUCGUUUCCAAUACAUUGAGAACACACCAUCUCUAAAAGAUAUUGUCAUCUCCGGCGGCGAUACCUAUCUGCUUGAGCCUGAGCAGUUGAGAUACAUUGGCGAGAGAUUGCUCAAAAUUCCGCAUAUCCGCCGAUUUCGAUUUGCCAGCAAAGGCCUGUCUGUGUCCCCAAGUCGAAUGCUCGACCCUAAUGACCAGUGGAUGAAUGUGGUCAUUGAACUGGAGAAGAAGGCGCGGAAAAUGGGCAAGCACAUUUGUAUCCACACACACUUCAACUCAGUCAAUGAGAUCAGUUGGGUCACUCGGCUCGGAGCUCAACGUUUGUAUGAGGCCGGCGUGACAAUACGCAACCAAACCGUGUUGCUCAACGGCGUGAACAACACGCCAGAAAAGAUGUGUGCCCUUGUCCACGCUCUUGGAGACAUCAACAUCCAACCCUACUACGUCUAUCAAGGCGAUAUUGUUCCCGGCGCUGAGGAUCUGCGUACACCCAUGUACGACAGCUUGAAGCUGGAACGCGCCGUGCGUGGCCAGAUUGCGGGGUUUUUGGUGCCCAACUUCAUUCUCGAUCUACCGGCCGAGGGAGGCAAGCGCUUGACCCGAGGAGUUGAAGAUUACGACUACCGCAUCGGCUUUUCCAAGUUGACUGCGCCAGGUUUGAAGGGAGAACCUACUACUAUGCAGUACUGGGAUCCCCUGUGGUCGCUUUCUGAUGAAGGGCGAGCCGAAGUGCUAGAGAUUUUUAAACAGAAGAAGGAAAAGGCACAAGCGACAAACUAG